GCGCAACACAUAUGCAUAUGUCUCCUCCUCAGUCACCGGUCCUCUUCUCCAGUGAGAUUUGACGCGAGAAAAGGGUUCACCACCAGCCAUCCACACAGGCGCUGAGCACACACCUUUCCCUUCUCCCCUACCACUCCCCACCCCAUUAAUAUCUCGCCGCCCCUCCCCUUCUCUCCUCCUCCAACAGUGGUGAGCUGAGAGAGAAGCUGCAGAGAGACCCCUUCUUGAUCGAGCUCUGCACGAUUUCUUUCUCCUAGCUCGCUAGGGUUUGGUCUGUUUCUUUCAUGGAUCAGUGCUUCGGGAAUCUUGGAGCCGGAGGGAGCAGUAGCGGGGGCUCCAACUCCAAGGCCGCCGCGGCUUCGGCGCCUUCCUCGUUCCUGCAGCUGCCGCUGUCCACGGCGGCGGCCGCGGGCGCGGUGCCGACGGGCGUCGCGUACUACGGCGCGCCGCUCGCGCUGCUGCACCAGGCCGUCGGGCCGUCGUCGCAGUCGCCGUACGGCAAGCACGCGGAGAUCUCGCCUGCGGAGGCCGAGUCCAUCAAGGCCAAGAUCGUGGCGCACCCGCAGUACUCCGCGCUCCUCACCGCCUACCUCGACUGCCAAAAAGUGGGCGCGCCGCCGGACGUGCUGGAGAGGUUGACCGCCAUGGCGGCGAAGCUGGACGCGCGCCCGCCGCGCCGGCACGAGCCGCGCGACCCCGAGCUCGACCAGUUCAUGGAGGCGUACUGCAACAUGCUGCUAAAGUACCGGGAGGAGCUGACCCGGCCGAUCGACGAGGCCAUGGAGUUCCUCAAGAGGGUGGAGGCUCAACUCGAUUCCAUCUCCGGCGGCUCCGCGCGCCUCUCGCUCGCCGAUGGUAAAUCAGAAGGGGUUGGCUCUUCUGAGGAUGAUAUGGAUCCAAGCCGCCGGGAGAAUGAGCCACCUGAGAUUGACCCGCGCGCCGAGGAUAAAGAGCUCAAGUACCAGCUCCUAAAAAAGUACAGUGGCUACUUGAGCAGCCUCAGGCAAGAGUUCUCCAAGAAAAAGAAGAAAGGGAAGCUCCCAAAAGAGGCCAGGCAGAAGCUGCUCCACUGGUGGGAGCUGCACUACAAGUGGCCUUAUCCUUCAGAGACGGAGAAGAUUGCGCUUGCGGAGUCGACAGGCCUAGACCAGAAGCAGAUCAACAAUUGGUUUAUCAACCAGAGAAAACGUCACUGGAAGCCGUCGGAGGACGUGCCAUUCGUUAUGAUGGAAGGCUUCCACCCACAGAGUGCCGCUGCGCUCUACAUGGAUGGCCCGUUCAUGACCGAUGGCAUGUAUCGCCUCGGUUCGUGAAUUACAGCUACCGUGGAUCGUUUGAUCCAGCGCAGUCAAAAUAUAUCUGUGUAUCUGGAUAGGUUGCAAUGCACGGACAUUGUUAUGGAAUUUUUUGUUUCGUUUCCGCUGAUUGCCAAGGGCUUGCUGCAAUGUUUAUGGCUUGUAGUUCUCCUGUAAUGUUGUUAAUUUCCCUUAGAUGGCUUGUAAUUUAGGUGUAUUUUAAAUUUGAAUAUGUAUGCAAAUGCAAAGAACCCUGGUAAUUAA